AUGUCGCAACAGCCACAGUCGGCCAAGCGCAUGCGCAGCAACACGUCCAACAACGAAUUCACCCCGCAGACUGCUCCCGCUCUCCGUGGACGCCCAUCACAGCUCGACGCUGCCGCCGCUGCCAGUGUGGCUCUUUACUCGAACUCGGUCAACGUCUACGACAGCAGUGCCUUUACCACGAUCCCUUCUACCCGCCAGGACGUUGCCUACGGUUCCUACGUCGCCGCUGCCCCUCAGCAUAGCGACUACCCCGCCGCCGCGGCCGCCUACGCUGCUGCUGCUGAACCGUACGACCCGCACCCGCACGCGAAUAGUUACAUCAUAGCACACGGUCUGCCACCACCCGCCGACUACAAUCCCCCGUACGGCGGCUACUACAGUCCAGAUCUCGGCCUUGCCAGUAUACAAAAUGGUUCCUAUUCCCCCGUGACCGCCCGCCAUUCCACCUCGGUCGGCCCAGACUCUUACUCCCCGUCACCUAUACCGACCAGCAGCACCGCCACCUCACUCUCUGACAUUCAAGCUCAUUCCGCCGCCGCCGCCUCUGCUGCCGUACAACAUAGUUUGUCACAACAAUUUGAAGAUGUCUAUGGCACGCAGCCCGUCUCGCAUUCAUCUGCACAUCAUCAUCACCAUGCCCAGACACUGUCCUAUCCAGAUGCCGCAGUAGUCAAUUCCCAGUACACCCCGCCGACCGACUCGGUGAUCAACUCGCAGUACAACGCACCAACUCCAGGCCAAUUAACCCUCGAUGGCCAUCAUCACAGUCCAAUGCCCUCUAGAGUAGAUGAGCAAGAGGACAGUGAUGAAGAUGCCCAAGGAGAGACGGCCGACGAAGCUGAUUUGAGCGAAAUACACCCCAGUCCUGUCUCUACGACGAAACCUGUACCCAGCCUUAAGAGGUACACCAGCGACGAGACCUCGACCUCGAAAUCCUCGGAGACAAAGUGUGCCUGUAAAAAGGGCCGAGGCAAGAAAAAGGCCUCCUGUGGAAAUCCGUUUCAGGACCUGAGCACCUUUUUUGGCCCACCAACCAAGUUUCCAAAGCCCUGCGAUGCAAAUCCUUGCUUUGCCACUUGGCUCUCGAACCAGCCGAAUAUCGAAGAGCUGGAUCUUGACCUGAUGGUGGACAUGCUAUUGUACGACGAUGCUUCAUGGGCAUCACUCAAGAAGCAGACCAAGGCUUUCAAGGACUGGGAGGACAAAUGGCUCAAGGCCAAGAAUGCCAAGUCCAAAAAGCUCAAAGAAGACCGUGAGCGCCUGGAAUUCGAGCUGCUGCGUGGUGCCCUGGGAAACUGCAAUUCGGAUGAUUUCCAUGGCUUCUGGUACAGUUUCUGCCGGGGCCAAUGGGUGCCCAUGGACGACUGGGAGCAUUGCCGAGAGUGUAAGAAUUGUGCCCCGAGCAGUGACUGGCACUGUGAGCAGCAUAAUCGGUGCACGUCAAAUGGCACCUGCGCGGAAUGCGCAGCAGCCAGCACGCCGUACUCCGAGCUGUCUCCCUACCCGGUUACUGCCUGA